AUGGCAACCGAACCAGCAAUCACUGGAGAUUCACAAAGCAUCUUCGAGGAGCUGGAGAACUACCCUUGGGAUUCGGAUAGGAAAUUCCAGGGCGGCCUCUCAGCAAUCCUCGGUCCCAAUCCCUCACCUUCACAGCUAGAAGACCUGACCCUCCGGGCCCAAUGCUUCUACCUCUCCCGCCAAAAGGGAAUCUCUAUUGAUUUCGACGCCUACAAAGCCUACCUCGCCCGAAAGGAGCCCUCAACAUCAAACCAAACCACAACACUCACCUCCUCAACUUCCACUGCACCCUCAGCCCCCCCUCCAGCCAACGACACCACCACCCCCACAGGCGCCUCCAACGACCCCAAGAUGGCCGUCUCCUCUACGCCCACCGAUCCCUCAUCCAUGAACAACUCAGCGACGGGCUUCGUACCCGCCGGCACCGGCCCCCCCAACCCCGGCGCGCCCUACCCGGCCUCCUUCGCCGAGAUCGUGGCCAUGAUCCAGGCCGGCAAGGAGAUCCCCGGCUACAUCGAGGUCUCGGAGCGCGUGAUCGGAUGGGAGAAUGCGACGCCGCCCGUGCUGCCGAAGCGCCGCAAGCCGUGGGAGAAGGACGUGCCGGAGGAGAUCAUACAGGGCAAGGGGCCCGGUUGCUUUGGAGACGAGAGAGACUUACCCGAGAUCAAGCAGGUGUAUCCGGAAGGUGUCUAG